AUGGAAAAAUGCAAAGCCAAAAUAUCUCUUCAAGGAUUUUCUGAUUGAAUUUCUCCACAUAAAGGAAAGAGGUGGUUAAUAGCUGCAAUUUUUUUGCUAAUUUUUCUUUAUAGAAUUAUUUGCUUGGAAGGUAAUUUUUAAGCAGGGUUUUACUUGGUUGCAUGCUUAUCUGCAAUGUACUUGCUUGGUAUUUCUUUGAGUUUUAUUACCCCAAUUAUGUCAAAUUUAGAGUAUCAGGAGCAAGAUAACCCUGCUCUCCCUAGCAGCGAAAUAAACGAAUUUAAACCUUUUAUCAGAAAAUUAGAAGAAUUCAGUUUGUGGAGACAUUCUUUUAUCUGUAUAAUUAUUUCAAAUACUUGUACAUUUAUUCAAUUUUUGGAUAUUAAAGUUCCUUGGCCGAUUUUUAUGAUUUAUUUUUUAGCUUUAUGUAUAGGAACACUAAAGAAGCAAGUUUCUCACAUACAUAAGCAUGGUUAUAAUCCCUUUAAUUUUAGGAAAUCCACAAUUAAUUUUAAAGAAGAAGUUUCCUCCAUUUAA